AUGUCUGCGCUCCCCACAGAAGAACAAAGCCUCACGGGCUCUACAUUUGAAACCACCGAGCAUGCAGAAGUACCCGUCUCCGCCUGCGAACUCCUCGUGAUCGAGCUCUACGCUGAGACGCUCUUGAGCCGAGCUCAUUUCCUUUUCUUUCUCGCCGCCCUUACAGACACUCCGCCGCUGAAAAGAGACGUACUCUUCCAAGAUGGAGUAACUGCUCUUGAAGAAGCCGAGACGCUUUGCAUGUCUGGCAGAUAUUCUGUCAGCAGUGAUUUAAGAGCGAAAUACUGGUUUGUGAGAGGCUUUUUGGCGCAGUCUGGUGGGGAUGACAGGAAUGCUACGGAAUACUAUCUCAAAGCCAAAGAAAUCAACGGGAGUUAUGAGGCUUUUGAGGGCGCUAGGAAGCUUUUGCACCACCGGGGAGACGAUGACGAAAUGGCCGACAUGUGGGACCAAGUGGACUCAGACCGGGGGAGUUUGGACAGUUUGGGCGCAGUUCCACGCGAACUGGCAGGUAAACCCAUUCAGUCGGCCCCUUCGCCUUCAGUCGACGCAAAUCAGGUCCGACCGGACAGCGUACUCUUUACUUUCCUUUAUGGAAGAGUUAAGGAGCCAGCAGGGGUAGAGGAAGCUCCAGAAGUCGACGACUCCACAACCGGAGACGUUCCCAGUCCGUCAUCACCACUAGUCGCCGUUCAGAGCCGCAGCUUUUCCAAGGACAACGUCACGAAAACUAUCGAAAAACUGAUGGACGCACCUCCAAGAAGACGCCCACUGGCAGACAGGCAUCAGACUCCGACUCCAGUACACCCACCGCCAGAGUCAAUGCGCCUCGGGCUUGAGAAAGAGAAGGAUCAAGCAGCCAAGGAAUUCAAAGAGAGAAAUGAACAAUUGCGUGGGUGGUUGGAAGCGAAGCCAGCGCCCUCAAAUGCCUCAUUGCAUGAGGAGACUCUGCUGUCUGAUACGCCUAGUAUGACAAACUUGGUGGCAUCAGUCAGAGAGGCAGUGCCACAGGUUAUUCCUUCAGCAUCCAAACCUAAACUCAAUAUUCAAGCGAUCAGGCGCCUAUCAGUGUCAAGUAAAUCAGCACAGGCUUCGCCAACAACACCGAGUCCCUUAAGAAACGCAUCCUUCCCUGACGAGUUCACUGAAGGGGCCGACUGAUGGACACUUGUGGUGACAUCCUGCUCACACGGCUGCGCAAUGGGAAGGGACUGACAUUCGCUCGGAAGACGAAAAGCAGCACACACCCCAGGAGCUUCUCCAGAAUAAGAACCGUGGCUUUGACAACGGAAGCUCGACC